UGUUCACUACGAGUGUUCACUAGAAGUGUUUCUUCUUCCUGGAUCAUGAUCCACUGCGACCCUGACCGUGACAUUAAGACUCACACAUUAGGAGACUUAAGAGUAGCCAGUUAUACUCAGAUUUGAUUUGACAAGGAGAUAACAAGAAACCAAAACAAUAAAGGAAAAAAUAUAAGGACACAUUUAAAUCAUGCCGAACUCUAUAGACAGUAGAGACAGUAACCGAAGACGAAGUUCGGAGCUGUGCGGCACUCGCACCUUCUUCGGAACAUCGGUACUGUAGAAAUGGAUGCGACUGCACGGGACUUUUAUUUUGAAACCCAGUAUUAAGCUUCGGUUCACCUUGGUAGAGAUGCUGAGAGCAGCACGGCUGAUCAGCGUGAGCUUCUCGUUAGCGGCUCCUGGUUCCAGAUGCCCUCACCCCCUAACCCUCCGCCGCUUCCUUCUCCGCCCGUGGACCAGCGCGCCGGGUCAGAGGUCAACAUGGCCAGGUCGCUCCUCGACUCCGUCUCUCGCCUCCAGUUCUGACCAGGCGUCGCAGAAGUACACCUUAAUCUACACCUUCCCCACCAUCAGGGUCCUGCGUGCCCUCUCCAGGCUCAAACUGGCACAGACGGGCAUCACGCUGCUCCUCCUGCCCGGCGUUUAUUACUUCUACCUGCAGGGCCAGGCGUCCGUCACCCUGCUGACCUACACCACCAGCAUCGCCGCCUUCGCCGCCAUCAUGCUCUACACCCUGAGCUACUACGUCCGCCGCGUGGUGGGCAUGAUGUACCUGGACUCCUCGCGCACCACGUUAAAAGUGGCGCACCUGUCGUUCUGGGGCCACCGCAGGGACGUGUACGUGCCCGUCUCGGACGUGAUGACUCUGGGGGACACGGGCGACUCCCGGGCCGAGGUGAUCCUGCGGCUGAAGCGCUACAGCAGCCCCGAGACUCUGUACUUCUCCACCAGACUGGGGCGCGUCCUCGAUAAACAGGGGUUCCACAAAGUGUUCGGGAGUCUCUAACCUCCUUAUUCUCAUCACGUUUAUCAUGAAUGUUGUUUGUUUGUGAGUUUCUCCAGUGAAAUAAAGAGAUUUCUUCUACACUGAUGCA